AUGGAGAAAGACUUCGGUACGGAUAAGCCUGUACGAGUUGCACUUCAUCCUUCAUUAGGUAAUCGACUUGCAAUUGGAUUCAUAGAUGGUUCUAUCAGAUUCUGCAGUUUCGACUUAUCAGAAGCGAAAAUUGAGAUUUUAGCUACAAGAAAACUGAAAAGAGCUGUACGAGAGCUUUCCUUCUCCAAUAAUGGCGAGCAGUUGUUUGCAAUUUGUGAAAAUCGAGCGCUAUGUGUUUAUGAUGUUGAGGCCAAUAAAAGGACACGAUGCAUUCAAAAAAGUCAUGAUCAUAAGACUAGCGCAAUGUUUGUUUUGCCAGAUACGUCAAUGAAACAUCAACAAGUCAUGACAGGCGAUGAAUUUGGUGAAAUAAAGUCAUGGGAUUUACGGGCGAGGGAGCCACUGGUCAGCUGUUUUAAUGAACAGGAAGAUGUUAUAAAUAGUUUCGGCAUUGCUGGAAAUGCUUUAUUAGCAGCUAGUUCCGAUGGAACUCUUGGAGCAUAUGACUUCCGGAGGCAAAAGAUAUUGGUUAGGUCGGAACCGAUGCAUAGUGAACUUCUCUGUUUGGCUGUUACCCAUAAAUAUUGUUACAUUGGGAGUGGUGACGGUUAUUUGGAAGUUUUCAAAACAAAAGAAUACGGUAAUCUCCUGGAAAGGAUUAAGACAGAUCAUCCGUUAGGAAUUGACUCUGUGCAACUUCUUAGACAUGGUGUUUUGUUAACUGGUUCAAAUGAAGAUGAUCAGCUAAGGAUAACUCAUUUGAAUCCAAAUAAAAUUAUGGGUAAUAUUGGUGUACAUGUCGGUGGCGUGCAACAGCUGUCUAUUACUUGUGAUCGGGAAUGUCUUCUAAGUGUGGGUUGGUUGGAAUCAACUAUUAAAUUCUGGCGUUUGCCGAAAUUACUGAACAUGAUACCGAUACUACAGUCAAAUGAUAUUUCAUCUAAGGAAGUACCAAAAUCAUCAAAUUUUUUCGACGAUCUCAUUAAUGAAAUGUAA